UGGUACCCGCGAAAUACGUGUAAGUCGCUAGCAAUAUGAAGUACCCCUGAAUCAGAGCUGUGAUUGGGUGGUUGGUGGCAUGUCGUCUUAUGUAACACAAACUUUUCAAAGAACUUUUUGAGGAUCAACCUUGGAAAUAAUAGCCCACGGCAGGAUAUCACGUCAAGAGGCGCAAACUCCAUCAGUAUCGGACCAGGAGGACCUCCUUCUUCUCUCAAUAUGUUUUCUGCAAAUUCCGUGCGCUCUGUAUGGAGGAGUAAUAAAAGGCUAAAAAUAUCAAAUCCUUCUCGACCCAUUUCAAUCUCGCAUCCGCCGGCCCAGGAGAGCGGCUCUCCCAGCGCGCAUAAUCCGAGUUCUAAUGCUGUCUCUAGCGAAAUAAGAAUACCCUCCGCACCUCUUGAGAGCACCCCGAAGGAAUGGGCGGAGAGAUUAGACCAGAUCGGUAGCAAAUUCCGGCUACCGCGUAAUGUGCAAGCCGUAUACCUGAAGCCCUUGCGACGAAAAGCAGAAUUCGGUCUUCCAGUCUGUGACCUCCAGCUCCGAUCAUACAGCGCACGACAUGUCGAGUUCUUCGCCGACUUUGCGCUCAGAGCGGCAUAUUACCUGAACCUCCCUGCUUUCGGACCUGCGCCUCUUCCACGAAUUACGGAACGCUGGACUGUCUUGAAAAGCAAUUUCGCUCACAAGAAGUCCCAGGAGAAUUUCGAGAGAGUAACGCUUCGUCGAUUAAUUCAGAUUAAGGAUGGCCAUCCUGAUGUCGUUCAGACGUGGUUGGCCUUUCUACGAAAACAUGCGUUCCAUGGAGUUGGUAUGAAAGCGAAUGUUUGGGACCAUAGUCCAAUAGGCGUUGGGAAAUCGAUGGAUGAGACGGCUGCUGAGUUGGACACCGCAAUUGAGGAAAAACUUGCCAACUUCGGCUCUAGCAAGAAGGCAUUGGAGCAAGCGGAAUCAGUUGCUGAUUUGGUAGACAGAAGGAAAUUUAUCAAUAACAAUAGCCGCUGAGAUUCGGGUAUUUUAAGGGGUUUUAUAUGCAUGGAGCUUGUAUAUCAUUUGGCCAUAUCUUUGUGUUUCCUUGUACUAAAAUAAAUUAUAAAUUCGUAUAUUGAAGUGUAAAUUGCACCAUAAACCUAUAGGCAUUCCAUUCCUCCCAAAACAUGUAACCCUAGUCCGUACCGGACAGCGCUAUAUA